AUGCGGCGCUAUGCUUGGCCCAGGAGAGCCAUGGUAGUCAUCAACUCGGUGCUGAAGCUUCUCCAGCGGCAGACAUACACCUGUCUGUCCCACCGCUAUGGACUCUACCUCUGCUUCGGAGGCAUCGUCCUGAUGAUUGUCUCUGCUUUUCAAUUCGGGGAGGUCGUGGUCGAGUGGAGCCGAGACCAGUACCAUGUGCUGUUUGACUCCUACCGAGACAAUUUGGGUGGCAAAUCCUUUCAAAGCAGGCUCUGCCUGCCCAUGCCGAUCGAUGUGGUGUACACGUGGGUGAACGGUACCGACGUGGCUCUGCUGAAAGAGCUGAAGACUGUGCGAGAGCAACUGGCAGAGGAACAGAGAGCUCUUAGAGAACGUUUGGGGAAAAAUGCAAGUGAGACAACAGAAGAGCCUAAAGUCAGGGCCAAAGCGGAAUGCUUGCUCUCCCAUUGCGUGGUCGCACCUAUGCUGGCGCUGGAUCCCGCCCUGCCCCCAAACACAACACUCCAGGAGCUGCCGUCAUUCUCCAACUCUCUGACCGGCGCCAAGGAGCUGCUGCGGCUCCGUAAACCCGUCCACCCGGCCACCGCCGCCACCGUGCUGGUCUUCGGUUCUCAGGCUGAUGCUGAGAAAGCCUACGUUGAAGCCUUUAAGGAAGACAAGAAAUUCGCUGUCUCGAGAUGUUAUCUGACUACAGAUAAGGAGGCUCCGGGUCUCAUCCGCGUGCAGACUCUGGCCUACCUCAGUGGCUUCCCGGGCUCCUUUAAGGAGACUGAGCAGCUGAGAGCCAAACUGCCUUCUUUAGUCACUGACAAGAUCAAGCAGUUUGAGUUGUACUCUGAGGCCAGCAUCGCUUUGCUCCACCUUAAAAGCCCGCAAGACUUCACCGACCUCAUGCAAAAGUCCAAGAAGAACCUGACGCUAGACGGGAAAGAACUAACCAUUAGCCCCGCCUACCUCUUCUGGGACCUGACUGCCAUCUCACAGUCCAAGCAGGAUGAAGACGUUUCGGCCAGCCGCUUCGAGGACAACGAGGAGCUGCGCUACUCUUUGCGCUCCGUGGAGAAACAUGCCCCGUGGGUGCGACACAUCUUCGUAGUCACCAACGGGCAGAUUCCCUCCUGGCUCAAUCUGGAUAACCCUCGAGUUUCGGUCGUCACACAUCAGGAGCUUUUCUUGAACCGCAGCCACCUCCCUACAUUCAGCUCACCGGCCAUCGAGAGCCACAUCCAUCGCAUCCAGGGACUCUCUCAGAAGUUCAUUUACCUAAAUGACGACGUGAUGUUUGGUAAAGACGUCUGGCCGGAUGACUUCUACAGCCAUUCCAAGGGACAGAAGGUGUAUCUCACUUGGCCCGUUCCCAAUUGUGCGGAAGGAUGCCCAGGAUCAUGGAUCAAAGAUGGCUAUUGUGACAAAGCGUGCAACAACUCGGCGUGUGACUGGGAUGGAGGAGACUGCACGGGAGCCGCUGGGAGCAGCAGAUACCCAGGUGGGAUCGGCGCCGGCAGUCCCGGUGGAGGUGGUGGGCAGGUGUGGCAGUUUCCUGGCGGUCAAGGCGGCCUGGCCGGAGCCUCGUAUUGCAACCAAGGUUGCGCCACCUCCUGGUUGGCAGACAAAUUCUGCGACCAAGCCUGCAACGUGCUCGCUUGCGGCUUUGACGUGGGCGACUGUGGCACAGACCACUUUGGAGAGCUGCUGCGCGUCAACCUGCUGAGCAACCAAACUGCCUACAACCUCCCAGUUGGCGAGAUUAGACCUUAUUUCAGCUUUAAAGGGCUGGCUCACAGGGUCUCGGAGGCCAAUGUGGUGGACAACCCGGUGGUACGUCACACCUCUGUGGCCAACAAAUGGAAGACCAUCCACCUUCUGCUCCACGCUGGCCACAACGCCACUGUAGUACAUUACAAUAUCACCUUCCAAAGGGAAGACAGCACGAGUUUUACCAAGAUAUUUAACGUGGCCGUUGACACGCGUCAGCUUCCGCAGGUUAACAGGACGCAAAAACGCAAGGAAAAAAGUCCCAGCCAGAAUUCCGCCGUGACGACAGAACCGCCUUUUUUGUUCUCGGAUGUUCCCGAGGAUAAGAGGGGUCCCAAGAUCCAGAAGAAGCCACCGCGUGAAUUGGAGGCCAUCGUAGAAGUUCCCACGUUCAACGAGUCGCUUUUGCCAGCUCCUCUGCGCAGCGAGCUUGACAAACUGGAUGAGAAACUGUUGAAAGGUGAUAUCACCAUGAAGGGUUACAACCUCACCAAGGCUCAACUGCUAACCGCCAACCGGGAAGAACAGGACAGAGAUCACCUUGAUAGCCCAGCUGUGGUCCAGAGGCCUAAAACCUCUAAGCUGCUGAGCCACAUUACCAAAGUGAAGAGCACUAUAGGCGAAGUGGAGCUUCCCCUCAUCGCCGGAGUCGGAAGGAGGCUUCAACACUUUGUCCUCGCUGACCGAGGUUUCUUUCCAUGGGAGAAGAAGAAGUACUUUCAAGACCUUCUCGAGGAAGAAGAGCGUCUGCAAAGUGAGCUGACCUACGACAUCGAUGGCACCGCCGCCGGCCGCAAGCUACAAGACACGUUUGCAGACUCGCUACGUCACGUCAACAAGCUGCUCAACCGCCAGUUUGGCUUCGCCUCCCGCAAAGUCCCCGCGCACAUGCCACACAUGAUUGACAGGCUGGUUAUGCAGGAGCUGCAGGACACAUUCCCAGAUGACUUUGAUCAGACAUCCAGGCACCGCGUGCGUCAUCCGGAUGACAUGCAGUUUGCCUUCUCUUACUUCUACUUCUUGAUGAGCACUCAGCAGCAGCUAAACGUCUCAGAGGUGUUCGACGAGGUCGACACCGACCACUCUGGUGUUCUGUCGGAUCGCGAGAUACGAACUCUGGCCACGAGGCUCCACGAGCUGCCCCUCAGCCUCCAGGACCUGACAAGUUUGGAACAGAUGUUGAUCAACUGCUCCAAGACUCUCCCGAGGAACUUGAGCCAGCUCCAUCUAGUAAACCCAACACAGGAAGCAUAUUACGACCACAGCAUGCCACCAGUCACUAAAAGUCUCAUCACGCACUGCGCUCCCAUUACGGACCGCAUUCGCAAAGCCUUUGUGGACCAGAACAAGUACAAGUUUGAGAUCAAGGGAGAGGAGGACAUAGCGUUCAAAAUGGUCCGCACCAACGUCUCUCAUGUCGUUGGCCAGUUGGACGACAUCAGAAAGAAUCCCAGGAAGUUCAUCUGUCUGAACGACAACAUCGACCAUGCCCAUAAGGACGCCGCCACAGUGAAAGCCGUUUUGAGGGACUUCUACGACUCCAUGUUCCCGCUACCGUCCCAGUUUGAGCUGCCCAGAGAGUACCGCAACCGCUUCCUGCACAUGGAUGAGCUUCAGGAAUGGCGAGACUAUCGGGACAAGCUGAAGUUCUGGACCCACUGCGUCCUAGUGACGCUGGUGACCUUCACGGUCUUGUCCUUCUUCACCGAACAGCUUAUCCACUUAAAGCGCAAGUUAUUCUCCCGACACAAAACGGCCAAGGACAACAACCCCGAGAGAGUUUAA